AUGCAUAAUGUUGAGGUUGCUUCCCGGCCGGUUCAGCGUGAAUGGCAACGCGCAACUGGCACAUUCUUUCUUGCUGACGCAUCUGACGUUCAGCGUCAAUGCGCGAAACUGGGGAGGUUCUGCAACGGUGGCGCAGAAUUACUAUGUGGAUUCCCCACAGAUUCUCCUUCAACUGACUGUGUGGCCCUGGGGCAGGACAUUGCAGCAAAGAAAGCUGGGGGAUCGAUUGACUACGCCCAGACUUCCGGAGCUGUUUCUCACGGGGCUCUUGUGGUAUCGCAGCUGCUGCAAAACGUGGCGUCUUUCGCAAUGCCCAAACUUGGCAAUGCUGCUUCGCUUACUUCGCUUCCUUCUAGCACUGCUUCGAAAACUGCAGCUACGAAGCUUCUCCAAAGCUACUAUCCCCUCUAUAAUCACAGCAAUGAUCCGGGAGUUCUUAUUUCUGACAGUAAUGCUACGUAUAUAAUCCAAGAUGAGCAUGGCCAAGUAACUAUUGACCUCGCCCGCCGAUCGCCGAUUUUUGCUAUUGCCAUGGAAACGCCUACAAUAACAGAUCUAGAAGGACGGUGCGAAUCCGUGGAAAUGCGUUGGUUUUCCGUGUACGUACAAUUAGAAGGGAAGGAAGGGCCUGGAUGUCAAAAGCCUGCCUCCAGAGCCGAUGCCAUGGCGAAAGGACAAGCUGGCGACAAGACCUGGUGUCAAGUGGGCCAUUUCGAGUACCUUUGCCAAAGGAAAUCAGCGCUUCAAGUUUUCUGCCUAGAUGCCCCACCUGGAGCACCUCGAGUUCCCGCAUCAUGGCCGUCUAACGGUAGUGAAGCAUGUUGGAGCAAAACAGGGUGGCUGACACAGCGAGUGCGGAUUGCGCUGAACGGAAACUGGGGAGCAGAAGCAACUCGUGUUCGCCGGUUGAGAGUUCUUGCAUUGCUGUAG